AGUCAAACAAUAAGAUUGAUUGUGAAAGCAUUAUUAAGUUUUUAGGUUGAAAUUUUAUUUCAUAAUAAAAGUUAAUCAUGAGCCAAAGAAGUUAUAAUAAUAAAAAUUUGAGAAGGAGAAUCAAAAAAGAGAAAAAACUUGAAAAUUCCAGACGUAAUCAGGAAGCGACAUUACUGAAACAUGAAAUCGAUCCUCUAAAAAACACUUUUUGCUCUAGAAAUAGUCAUGUGUUCUGGUUUUUAGGGAUUGUGCUGUUUUUGGGAAGUGUAGCUACUAUUGUGGCUCUAAAUUAUAAUUUAGAAAUCAAUAUUUUUGCUAUAAAUAAAUAUAAAAAUCCACAAUCAUCAACAAAUACUGAUAAAAUUCACUCAGAUAAAGACAAUCCAGAAAAAUCGCACGACGAAAAGAUUGAUAAGUUUAAACGAAAAACUGAAGAAUCCAUUCCUCCAUCUGAAUUAUCAGACAAUUUAUACAAAUAUCCACAAAUUGCUGGAAUAAUUCAAAUACUAGGCAACGACACUGAGUUCGGAUGUCAUGGAACAUUUGUUGAUUUCUCGCCAUAUAUACAGAAUGCGGUGUUGAUAACAGCUGCACAUUGUAAUAAAAAUGAUGAAAACUCGACUAUCCAUCAAAUUUAUUUCCACGACCAAAAUCAAAAGAAAACGGUUAUAAAAAAUUCUGAUGAAUUUUACGUCAUUUCGCAUCCAAAGUUUAAGUUUGAUGAUCAUGAAUUUGGAUAUGACGUGUCAUUGAUAAUUUUCAAGAAUUUAAGAGUCACUGAAUCAGCUCGUUUGCCUGAAGCUGGAGAGAAGCUUCCAGAUAAAUUUUUACGGUUUGAAAUAAUCAAAAACGGCAACAAAUAUCGAUCAAGAAUUGAGGAAGCGGAAGUAAAGAAGAUCAACUGGAAAGAUUGCGUGAAAAUUUCUUUUGAAUACAAAAAGUUUGAGCAAUCUGAUAGAUUUUGUGCUGACAAUGGAGCUUACACACCAACUGGCAACAGUGGUGCUGGUAUUUUUACAUGGAAUGGAGAGCAUUAUGUCAUUUAUGGAGUAUAUUCGGAAGGUGGAACUAAAAAUCAUACGAGACCGGACAUUUACAUGAAAAUGAAGUCAUUAGACAAAAUGUUUGAAUCAUUUGACUUGAAUGAAGUUGGUAAAAAAUUGAGGUUAAAAUAG